GAUCCACGCUGAAGAGCUGUCCUGCGGUGCGUCCUGCUUGACCUGAAGCAGCGCUCACAGCAUCCGUGCCUUUCCCUACAGCCCAGCUGUGAGACAGACAGCAGCGCUCCACGCACCGCCGCCCGCAUCGUCUUUCAACCGGUCUGUGAGAAGAAACCUGCACCCCAGAGAAAAUGAGAUGAAACAGUCUGAGAGUGAGUGCUGCAUACCCCUGCAUCUUUUGGGGGGAAAUUCUGGAUGUUCUGGGUGUCAUUGCCCUAAAAAACAACUUGGAGCCCUUUAGGAAACACGCUAGAAAAUGUUCCUGACUCGAAGAAAAAGACUUCAUCUUAGCCGGAUAAUAUUUCUUCUGUCUGGGGUUUUCCUUUGCUCUUUAUAUCAACUCACUAUAAGAGCCAGACUACCAGAACCCUGGUCUGAGCCUCAGACAGGAGAAAAACCUGAGGAUGUUUCUGAACUUGGUUCUGGAAUGUUGGAUACGACAGUGAUUUCGCAGAGCUCCAACCACACAGAUGGGGUCCAGUCGUCAGAACCAGCGACAAAUGUACCCGUCUCAAAAAUGUCUAGAACAGAGACACCUGCAACAACCACAAACAGGACAUUCACCCAAUGCAUCUUUGUGAAUCCAGACCUUCCAAAACCCACCCCAGUUCCUACUCCAGCAACCGAUACGACCACUGUGGUGCCCAACACUACAGAGUCCAGACCUGGAGAAGCACCGCACAUAAAGGGCGAGUACCCGGAGGACAUCUUCUCCAUAGAGGAUCGACGCAGAGGCUGGGUCAUUCUCCACAUCUUUGGAAUGGUAUACAUGUUCGUGUCUUUGGCCAUCGUCUGCGAUGAGUUUUUCGUCCCUACGUUGGGGGUUAUCACAGACAAACUGGAGAUCUCAGAUGACGUGGCCGGAGCGACGUUCAUGGCCGCUGGAGGCUCUGCCCCCGAACUCUUCACUUCCUUGAUCGGGGUCUUCAUUUCUCAUAGCAAUGUGGGCAUUGGAACCAUCGUUGGCUCGGCUGUCUUCAACAUCCUGUUUGUGAUCGGAAUGUGUGCGCUGUUUUCCCGGGAGAUGCUGCACCUCACUUGGUGGCCUCUCUUUCGGGAUGUGUCGUUCUACAUCCUCGAUCUCAUCAUGCUUAUCAUCUUCUUUUUGGACAACACCAUUAUGUGGUGGGAGAGUAUGAUGCUGGUGUGCGGAUAUGCUACCUAUGUUUUCUUCAUGAAGUACAAUGUUCAGAUAGAGCAAGCCUUUAAGUCCCAGCUCAGGAGACACAAGAACAUCGUCAAAGUUAUCGCAGUCGAAGAACCUGAGAAGGACAAUGGGGCCUCAGGUGAAGAGAACAGGCCGCCUGAACCAGAAGACAAGAAUCGAUUAAAGCUGAAGCCCACACUGCAGCGCGGGGGCAGUUCUGCCUCUCUGCACAACAGCACCAUGAGGAACACCAUCUUCCAGCUGAUGAUUCACACACUAGAUCCUCUUGGAGAGGUGAAAUUUAAAGACAAGGCUCAGAUUUUGAACGACAUGGCCCGGGGAAAAGUAGAGAACAAAAAGAAGGAAAAAUCUGGUGAAGGUGACGAUCAAACGGAGCAUUCCAAGGAUUCCAAAGACGCUGCUCCGGGAGCCAAGGAUGAAGAUGGUAGUCAAAAGUCUGAGGCACAAAAGGAAGGAGACUUUGCAGCAGAAGGAGGUUCAGAGAAGCCAGGAGGUUCAGAUGGUUCAGGGGAGGAUGAUGAUGACAGUGAUGAAGACAGUGAUGAAGAUAGUGAUGAGGACAGUGAUGAUGAUGAUGAUGAAAAUGAGGAUGAGGCUGGGGAGGAAGGAGAAAAUGAAGAACCUCUGUCCUUAGAGUGGCCAGACACUAGACGUAAACAGGCCACGUAUUUGUUUCUGUUGCCCAUUGUCUUUCCACUUUGGCUGACAGUUCCAGACGUCAGAAACCCUGCAUCCAAGAAGUUCUUUGUCAUUACUUUCCUUGGCUCAAUAGUAUGGAUUGCUAUAUUUUCCUAUCUUAUGGUGUGGUGGGCACAUCAGGUUGGUGAGACUAUUGGCAUCUCUGAGGAAAUCAUGGGUCUUACCAUUCUGGCUGCAGGAACAUCCAUUCCUGAUCUCAUCACCAGCGUGAUUGUGGCUCGAAAAGGCUUGGGAGACAUGGCUGUCUCAAGCUCUGUAGGCAGCAACAUAUUUGACAUCACCAUGGGGCUGCCGGUGCCCUGGCUGAUGUACUCAUUCUGCCAUUCGCUGGCGCCGGUGCCCGUGAGCAGUAACGGGCUGUUCUGUGCCAUUGUGCUGCUCUUCCUCAUGCUCCUCUUCGUCAUUAUCUCCAUCGCUGCCUGUAAGUGGAGGAUGAAUAAAGUGUUGGGAUUCAUCAUGUUCAUCCUCUACUUUGUGUUCCUGGUGCUCAGUGUCAUGCUAGAGGAUCGAAUUAUUAUAUGCCCCGUGUCCAUCUGAGCAAACCUGUGGAUACAGUAAUUUGAAACAUUCUGAACUGUAACUUUACACAUAGUGUAUUAUAUUUAAAGCAUCUCUGGACUGGAGUUCUGUUGUAAAGGGAUGCAAUAACUAGCCAUAAUGUUCAAACUCUGUUAACUGUUACAGACACUUGAGUGUUUUGGUCACCAUUUUUGGCUUGUUGCAUUAAAGGAGAAGUUCACUUCCAGAACAAAAAUUUACAGAUGAUUUACUCACCUCCUUGUUAUCCAAGAUGUUCAUGUCUUUCUUUGCUCAGUCAAUAAGAAAUUAUGUUUCUUGAGGAAAAAAAAUGAGGAAUUAUCUCCAUUUAGUGGACUUCAAUAGUGCACCCAAGUUUGAACUUCCAAAAUGCAGUUUAAAUGCAGCUUCAAAUGGCUCUAAACAAUCCCAGCCGAGGAAGAAGGGUCUUAUCUAGCAAAAUGAUCGGUCAUUUUUGAAAAAAAUUGACAAUUUAUUUUCUUUUUCACCUCAAAUGGUCAAUACGGUCAAUACAGUUAGGGUAUGUCGAAAAACUCCCAUCUCGUUUUCUUCCCAAAAUUCAAAAUCGUCCUACAUCGCUGCAGAAGUACCAACCUAGUGUUUACAAAGUGAACAUGCAAAGAAGAUCAAACGCCCUUUACAAAAACAAAAAAAGUAAAGCAGCGAUGUAGGACGAUUUUGACAUUCAAGAAGAAAACGAAACGGGAGUUUUUCGACAUACCCUAACUGUAUUGACCUGGAUUACACAGACUACGCAUGUGCUUUGCAGAGACAGGACAAGACGAGCAUUUGAGGCUAAAAGGUAUAUAAAUGUCAGUUUGUUUUGAAAAUGGCCGAUCGUUUCGCUAGAUAAGACACUUCUGCAUUAUAACGGCGUUUUGGAAGUUCAAACUUGGGGGCACUAUAGUCAUUAUAGUAUAGAAAAAUUCUAGAAUGUUUUCUUCAAGAAACAUAAUUUCUUAUCGACUGAACAAAGAAAGACAUAAACAAAUUGAACAACAAGGAGGUGAGUAAAUUAUCUGUACAUUUUUGUUCUGGAAGUGAACUUCUCUUUUAAAACAAACACAGUAGUGACACAUAAGGGUCACACGCCCUGGCCCAAAUGGUCACCAAUUGUGGUUUCCACACUUGGGUGGUGUAAUGCCAUGAUUAUAGAUUGUUGGGUGUAGACUGCUGUGUCGGCCCACCACUGUGGGCUUUGCAAAAGGGCACAUUGAGGCCACAUACGGAGGCACCUGUUUGAACCGUAAAAUGACAAAUAAGACACCCUACUGCCCUGUGGACUUGGCAAACACAAUAUGAUUGCAUAAUCAAAGGCCACAUCAAGUGUGCCAUUUGGGACGGGACCACAGAGUACUAAAUAUGGAAAAUGUAAUGAUUUGUGAUGCAAGUUAACCAUUUAGUUCUAUUGGGAUGAUACCAAGACACAAAGUCACGUAUUAACAUGGUGAAAAGUCUGAAUGUUGCUUUAAUUGUGUCCAAUGAUGAAAAAUUGCAACUUUUUUUUUUU